GAUUGUGUUAAAAAAAAAAAAACGCAAUUAGACUGCGCGUGCGCAAAGUUGUUUUCGCCGUUACUCGUUUCGUUAAGUUUGUCCUUUCGGGCGCUCCGUAGAUCUCCGACAUAUUGUUUUUGAGGAGCGAUUUCUUGAAGACCCUGAGGGAGCGAAGAUUAUUUCAUUUAGAUCAUCACAGGGCGUUCAAACUACUUCCCUUGUAAAGACAGCAAGAUGGAACCGUCAGCGAGUCCUGCCAAGGAUAAUUACAGGAUGAACCGCUACAAGAAUAAAGCGCUUAAUCUGGAGGAGAUGCGCCGGAGACGAGAAGAGGAAGGCAUUCAGCUGAGGAAACAGAAAAGAGAACAGCAGCUGUUUAAGAGGAGAAAUGUGGAGCUGCUCAACGAGGAAGGAGGAAUGUUCGACAGCCCUCUCAUGGACGCAUUUGUCAGCUCCAGCACAGCACCAGAAGGAGUCAUAACCCGAGACAUGGUGGAAAUGCUUUUCUCAGACGAUCCUGAACUGCUGCUGGUUACCACUCAGAAAUUCAGAAAACUACUGUCCAAAGAACCGAACCCACCCAUCGAUGAGGUUAUCGGCACUCCAGGAGUCGUAAACAGAUUUGUAGAGUUCCUUGAAAAAAGCACUGAUUGCACGUUGCAGUUUGAAGCAGCAUGGGCGCUGACCAACAUCGCCUCCGGAACGUCUCAGCAGACUAAAUUUGUGAUCGAGGCAGGUGCGGUACCGGUGUUCAUCCAGCUGCUCAACUCCGAGUUCGAGGAUGUCCAAGAACAGGCGGUGUGGGCGUUAGGGAAUAUUGCAGGAGACAGUGCCAUGUGCAGAGACUUCGUACUGAACUGCGAUAUCCUUCCACCACUGUUAACGCUGCUGACCAAAUCAACUCGUCUCACAAUGACCAGGAAUGCUGUGUGGGCGCUGUCCAACCUCUGCAGAGGCAAAAGCCCACCACCCGAGUUUGAAAAGGUGUCUCAGUGCCUGCCCGUACUGUCCCGCUUGCUGUUCAGCAGCGAUCCCGAUCUGCUGGCCGACGCGUGCUGGGCUCUGUCCUACCUCUCAGACGGACCCAACGAGAAGAUCCAGGCAGUGAUCGACUCGGGAGUCUGCAGGAGGCUGGUAGAACUGCUCAUGCACUCUGAUUAUAAAGUGGCUUCUCCGGCUUUGAGAGCCGUUGGGAACAUCGUCACUGGGGAUGACAUUCAAACACAGGUGGUACUGAACUGCUCGGCUCUCCCAUGCCUCCUUCACCUGCUCAGCAGCGCUAAAGAAUCCAUCAGGAAGGAAGCCUGCUGGACCAUCUCCAACAUCACAGCAGGAAACCGAGCUCAGAUACAGACGGUCAUCGACGCGAACAUCUUCCCCGUGCUGAUAGAAAUCCUCCAGAAAGCCGAGUUUCGCACCAGGAAAGAAGCAGCAUGGGCCAUAACUAACGCCACAUCAGGAGGCACACCCGAGCAAAUCCGGUAUCUGGUGAAUUUGGGCUGCAUUAAGCCCUUGUGUGAUCUGUUGACGGUGAUGGACUCCAAGAUUGUGCAGGUGGCCCUCAACGGACUGGAGAAUAUUCUGAGACUGGGAGAGCAAGAGGCCAAGCAGAACUGCAGUGGCCUCAACCCUUACUGCAGCCUUAUAGAGGAGGCCUACGGCCUGGACAAGAUCGAGUUCCUUCAGAGCCACGAGAACCAGGAGAUCUACCAGAAGGCCUUCGAUCUCAUCGAGCACUACUUCGGCGUGGAGGAGGAAGACGCCAGUCUGGCUCCGCAGGUGGACGAGGCCCAGCAGCAGUACCUUUUCCCUCAGCAAGAGGCCCCCAUGGAGGGCUUCCAGCUCUAAUCGACUUCCCGAAACUGGGUUAGGCCCCGUACGACACGUCCAGGACCUUCCCAUGCCCGUAUCUGUACUGCAGGCCUCAGCACAGCCACAUACGCAGAUUAAUCUAGACCGACCGAGAGGAAGCGCGCUGCUUGCAGAUGAACUUGACCACUGUUUUCACUCAUACGAGACUUCAGGAGCUGGGUUUUUAUUUCAUUUUAUUCUGUCUUAAUUUAAGUAGUGCCACUUUACAGAUUGGCUCCGGGCAAAACAAAACAAAAAACCCAACCAAACAACAUUUUUCCUUUUCUUUUCUUUCUGGGCGCACAUUCCCAACAGAAUCUCAUGAACCCGGUGUUUUUCUCCCGCUUCAUUUGUCUUGGGUUUUAAUCCCAUGCGUGCAGGCCUUUUUUGGAAAACGACGGUUUCUUAGACGUUCUUGGCGUUCUGCUAAGACGAAGGUAAACUGUCGUUGGAAGACACCUCGCACACUUUCCAGAGGCUUGAUGCGCUUCAGAUCGCGCCGUCUGUUUCUGUCCUUCUGUUUCUUGCGCUCUAAUUUUUGGUUUGGUAGUUCAAGACUGAAUCCUGCAGUGUUUAAAAUGAUAUCCAGGGCUCGUGGUGUUUUUUGAAAGGCGGAAUAAUUCGUCGUCUACUGUUUGUGGUGUGCGGUGUUCUGAAUACGUAUAGAUUUGCGAUCUCAUUCGAUUUAUUCAUUAAAGAAGAAGAGUGCAUAGUGUAGGGCUGGGGUUUCACGAGGCUUUAGCACGAAGUUGAAUCGUUUGCUGUGUGUGUGUGUGUGUGUGUGUGUGUGUGUGUGUGUGUGUGUGUGUGUGUGUGUGUGGUUCAGCAUCAACACAGCCAUUCUGCUUUCCCUUUAAGUAGCUUGGGGUUCGGUUUCAUUUUCGUUUUCCGUUGCAGCUUGGUGUAAGGCGGUGCCGCAGACUGUGUUACGAUCUUUCCAGGGUUAGGCCUUUGCAUGGUUUUAUAUUAUUCUAUCAAUAGUUUCAGUGUGUCCCUUGCCAGGUUUUGCAAUUAUCUAUUAAUCUGCAAUUUCACGAUUGCACUUAUCCUUACGCUCUUGUUGCUUGGUUUUCAGCCUUCGUAUUAUUUUUUUUUCCCUAAAAGUGUUUAUUUAAUUCGUUAUAUACAUUUACUGGCAGUAUAACAAAGAUGGUAAGGGAUACACAAAUUGUUAAAAAAAAAAAAAAAAAAAACAAACAAAAAAAAAAUUCUAACAUGUAAGAGAUAUAUAAAAUAUAUAUACACACACACACACACACACACACACAUAUGUGCGCACACGAGUAUAAGUCGACAUAGUUGCACACACACAAGAACACGAAGGAGAAAACCGCUUCUAUAACUCUCUUUUCUGAUAAUGUUUGUUUUUGGGACUCUAGGUACUGCACUGAGGCCAAAACGUGACGUCCUGUGCUAUUUAAACGUGCAGCACGUACGUGUUUUAAAAGAAGAAUCGUAAUCUCGAGUUCCGAAGCGGUUUUCUCCUCCGUGUACACUACACUGAGUCCGUGCGAGUGUGUGACCGAGUAAAGGUUCGAGAACGAGGAACGAGACCGUGACUGACGGAUGUCACGUGAAGUGGCGAGGAAGGACUUUCGAUCGUGAUCUGGUAGCUUGCAUCGCUUCCGAUGUUCGCUGCGAAACUUUAUAGUAUAGUUAGAUGAGUAUGUGCUAUACGUACGUAUACAUGUGUUUCGAAUUCGUGUCGUCCACUGUUUGGUGUAAUGCAUGAUCAGCGUCGAGGACGGUGUACUAGCGUUCAUGAGUAUAUCGGUCAAGCUGAGAUUUAUUUUAUUUUUAUUUUCUUUUUCUUUUUUUUUUUGAAAAUCUUGGUGUUUCAGCUAAAUAUGAAUCUGUUUUAUUAAAAUCGUGCCUGAAUUUCCGAAUCUCAGUUUUCCUGAACCGUCACUCACCAGAGAAUUUCUUUAUGUACAAGUUCUCCGAUUUCAUAAACCUAACUGGAAAGUUCAGAUUUUUUUUUUUUGUCCGCGUUUAUAGAUUCGUUUACACUUUUGAUACUCGCAUUUUUAUCGAGUAAGACCGAAUCUUCUGGUGAAGGAUGGCACUCCGUAAAGGCAAAAUUGAAGUGAAAGUCCGAGCAUGAGCACCGUCUCUUUGACUCUGGCAGAAAUCUAUAGUUGAAAAGUUGACUAUAAUCAAAGGAAAUGAAACCGUUUGAGCCGUAGUUCGCUCGCGUUCUUUGCCUUCUGCUUGUACGGUUUGUGACCUUUUCCUUUGCGUAGUGCGUGAGAACGUUAGCCGUUUCCCCGUAACACGCCGUAACACGUCUUUUUCCGUUUCGCAGCUCUACUCGUCAAGGAAAAAUCCACCCUGAACGGCUCCAUAUUACUCAUUCUUAUUUUGAUCUACAUUGGCGUCCAGUAUGUUUGUCUACACGUCGGUCCGUUUUCACUUCGGUUGACUGUUUCCUACCCACAAUGCCAUUCCAUGACCUGUUGAUAGCGGUGCGAUGGGAUUGAAAUCUCUACCUAAAGAAACCGCCGCUUUUAGUCCUUUAGUCUGCACAUCUCUCUCACCUCCUCAUCUGUACACGCUGCUCCAAGAGAUCAGUUUCCAGAGCUUCGAACGCAGAGUUACGGCUCGGCUAGUCGGUGAUCUAAGAGACGACGGGCGCGAUGGCGACAUGAGCAUGAGUCCAGCGUUUACCGUCUUGGUUUGACGAAGAGAAGCAGCUCAUUGAAGAUGAGAUCAUUGAAAUGUUUUUUUCACCAAUUGCAGCACGUUCGCGCUACAUCAGUCCAGUUGUGGAGUCUGAAUCGCUACGGUUUGGUUUCUGACUGCGUGUACUUAAACAAAACGAUAAAUUACAACAAUUUUUAAAAAAAAAUACCAGAAGAGGCGUGUAGGGCUGGAAAACGCAUUCUGCUCUCAUUGGUCAGUAAACAAACCUUUACCAGUGUGUAGGACUCAUAAAUAACCAGCUAGGUUCUAGAAAUAACUCGUUUUCUCCUCUGUUUUUCUCUUUUUGUACAAAUCUUCACAAACACGUAGCAAAAAGUUUCAGUUCAAACAGACUAAACACUCCAUGUGCGAAAGCUUCCUUAAACACCAUUGUACCUGUGCUAACGAUGACUUCACGACCACGCCUUCUCGCAGGAAUGAAGUUUUAUUAGAAUUAGCACCAGACUCGUUUAACUCCUCACAAAUAUUUCAAUGUAAACACAUCGAGUGUGUUUCAGGGCGGACUUCUCCUUUAAGUUCAAGCUUUUUUUUUGUUGUUUUUUUUAAACUUGUUUAGGGUCAUUUUAUAUAAAAUGGCGCUUUCAGCUGUUCGGUCCCUUACAACAGUUCAUCAACUGAGAUCAAGUAAGAUUUUAUUUGAACGUAAACGCUGAUAAUGCUAUGGGAACGCUGAACCGUGGGAAACUGGAGUAUACAGAUAUGAUUUUGCUCUUGGAGCUCUAUGUGCAGAUUUUUUUUUAGGGGGAGGAAAAAAAAAAAACGCUUGACCAGAUUACAGAUUGCAAGGAAUUUUGCAGCUGUCCGUACACGUGUAGAUAAAGGGGGUAAGGGGUUACCGGGAAGAGGUUCAGUUAUUCUAAAGUGUAUAUAGGUGUGACUUUCCUCUGUCUGUGAGACUGUCGGUGGAGGGCGUGGGGGUUCAAUCGGUGGACACAGAAAGAAAUCAACAAAUUGAUGAAAUAAAAUGCGAAUGCACUCCUUUUCACAAAAGUGCCAAUCAGACCAACGAAAACUGGGGGCUGAUGAUGUGGAUCGAUUCGUCUGAUUACGUUUUUUUUUUUCUUUCUUCUUUUCAUCAUUUCUUUAUUUACUUGAAUGUGCACGUAUCCGUGCAGAUGUUGCUGCUCUGUUAUUUUCAUAUCUUAUGGUAAUCCCAUUAAGCGGUUACGUUAUCUUGUAGUUUCUGUAGACAUGUGAUGGUCUGCUGUUUGUACACCAAAUUGGUAAACUGAAAAAAAAAAAAAGAAAAAAAAGAAAUUUAAGUGCUAAUUUAACUUAAAUUAUGCUGGACUAAUUUACUUUUUUUUUUUUUUUUUUUUUUUUGUUAAAUGAAGAUUUUUUUUUUUUUUGCUUUGCAUAUAAAAGAGUACCCUUUUCAUACUAAGAUCCAAAUAUUAUGAGAGAUGUAGAAAUGUGUUUUUUGUUUUUUUCUUCUUUUCUUUUCCCCCCCUGCAGCGCUGUGUUUAUGAUGUUGCUUGCAUUUAUACAGUUCCGAAAUCUCUAGUUCUACAGCAGUGUGUAAGCAAUCAUGUCUCCUCAAUCGCUGAAAAUUUCGAUCCAAACAGGUUUAACUUUCAGGGAAGGAACACAGGUAGAGCCAGUUGCCUGCAGCGACCGCUGAGAAAUCCGUCACGUGCAGGGAAUAUACCAGGCUUCAGUUCAGGCUGAAGCACGUCCUAUAGAGAGAUUUAUCAGAUCAGGGCUUCAGAAAUCGCACGCAAGUUGCAUUUCAAUCAGUAAAUUUUUAUGCAGACCUGAUGUGGACAAGUUAUUAUUUCCUGAUGCUCUCCCUGAUUAAACACUGACUUCCAAGAAGUGCAAAAAUUGCUAAAGGCCACAUAUGUACAGUCGAGGCUUUCUGGUCUUCCGUCCUAGAUCUUGUAGAUGAUUAUAUCUUCGAGACUUUUUGUCUCCUCCAAAUAUCUGAAGCCUAAUGCUUGGCUCUAUCGUCAAAAAUCAAUUUAUUUAAAAAAUAAAAAUAAAAAAAAUUUGAAAAGGCAAACUCGUAUGUUUACAAUGCUACAUGUUUAUACAUAUUAAAUUGUCAAUCCAUUCAUUUUGCCCUUGGUGGAGAUUUGUGUCCUGGUCCUGUAAGUUCUUCUUUUUUUUUUUUUUUUCUUUCUUUCUUUUUUUUUUUAUGUAUUUAUAAAUCUGUUUUCCUCCUCCUUUUUGCCAACUAUUACCCAUCUCAUACUGUGACUGACUUGACUUUACCGACCGUAUGAAUGAGCGACACAUAAAAAAACAUGAACAUGUACAUUAACAAUACUGUACAAAUGUUUUAAAGAGAUUUAAAAGGUUUGUCCAGAAUGCAAAUAACAUGCAAAAAAAAUAAUAAAGAGAAACAAAUAUUGUA